AUGCAUCUACCGAGCAAAGCAUUCGUCUUCUCCUGCCUACCGCUAUUGGGCCGCUGCCUCGCACCACCAGUCGUCGACAGAGCAGCACGGCUAUUCGGGCAGCGGCAGCAGCAAGAGCCCGUCUUUGAGACGGAUGGCCGGCCAGUUGAUGGUCGCGAAGGCGUCGGUGACGACGAUGGCUGGGGCGACUGGGUGAGGGACAAGUACGUCGUCCAGGACCCGUUCGACGAGGACUUUGACCGCAUGGUGGAGGAGACGCUGGCCCAUUGGCACGUGCCCGGUCUAUCCGUGGCCGUCGUGCACGGCGAUGCUACCUUCGCAAAGGGCUACGGCAAAGCAAUCCUCCCCGACGUCGACGCCACGCCCGACACGCUCUACUACGUCGGCUCGACGACCAAAUCCUUCACCGCGGCCGCCAUCCUCCUCCUCAUCGACGACAGCCGCCUCCCCUCCAGCCCGCUGCCGCCCAACCUCGACCUCACCACGCCCGUCUCCAGCCUCAUCCGCGCCGACUUCGUCCUGCCCGACCCCUACGCCACCUCCAAAGCCACGCUCGAAGACCUCCUCACCCACCGCACCGGCAUGCCGCGCCACGACCUCGCCCUCCCCGCCGCCGCCACCACCACCCUCCGCCACCACGUCCGCAACCUCCGCCACCUGCCCCUCACCGCCGACCUCCGCACCACCUGGCAGUACUGCAACAUGAUGUACACCGCCCUCGCCCACGUCCUCGAGUCCCUCACCUCCACCACCUGGGCCGAGUUCGUCACCUCCCGCAUCUGGCGGCCCCUCGCCAUGACAAACACCUUCGCCUCCCUCGCCGCCGCCCGCGCCCACCCCACCGCCCGGCACCACCUGUCCGCCCCGUACUACUGGCACAACGCCUCCGCCUCCUUCGUCCGCGAACCCCACCUCCCCGACUCCCCCGCCCUCACCGGCGCCGGCAACGUCCUCUCCUCCGUCGCCGACUACGCAAAGUACCUGCGCGCCCUGCUGCGCCGCCGGCCCAACUUCUUCGCCGGGCCCGACGGCUUCCGGCAGCUGCGCAAGGCGGCGCGGAGCGUCGUCGUCGAUCCGGGGGACGAUGAGGACGACGAGGAGCGCGGUGGGAGCGGGAAGAACGCGCCGUGGGUGGGGCCCGAGCUGUACGGGCUGGGGUGGACGCUGCAGACGUAUCGGGUGGGGGGGCUGCGGGUGUAUGCGCACGGCGGCGCGGUGACGGGGUACGCGGCCGAGAUGGCGUACGUGCCCGAGGCCGGGUGGGGGGUGGCGGUCAUGGCGAACACGGAGGUGAAGGGGGGGUGGGCGGCGGAGCGGGUGCUGGUGAGGCUGGUGGAGGGGCUGGCGGGGACGGCCGCGGACGAGAGGUGGGAUGCUGUCGGGGUGAUUGAUGGGAGGGUGGCGAAGCUGAGGGAGGGGAGGGCGCGGGCGAGGGAGACGUUGUUUCCGGGGGCGCCGGAGAGGCCGCGGGAGGGAGAGGGGGAGGGGGAGGGAGGAGAGGGGGGGUGGUUGCCGUUGGUGUUGCCGUUGGAGCGGUAUGCGGGGACGUUUGCGAAUGACGGGUAUGGGAGGGUUACGUUUGCUGUGGAGGACGGGCAUGGGGGGAAUGCGACUGUCGAUGAUGAUGAGGAGGGUGGCGGGUCUGCCGGCGCCGGAUAUGGGGGCUAUGACGGGAUCCGCGGUAGGCACCUCCACGCGUCUGUCGCUGAUAGACUCUGGCCCUACACCAUGUGCUUGGAGCACGUGUCGGGUGAGUUCUUCAUGGCCUGGCUGGGUGCCACAAAGGACUUUCCCAACGGGCUGUUCGACGAUGAAAUGCCGCUCAAGGCUCGCUUCGACGUGGGCGUCAGUGGAAAGGUCGAACGGCUGUUCUUGGGCCUGGAGCCGAGGAUGGGGGACGAGAUGAUGGUUUUCACAAGAGUUGACGAGUGA